GUAACAGGAACACACAGGAGUGGGGGGACCGCUUGAUCGUUGCUACCAGUUUUCACAAAUUUUUCCUUUUUCAAAGUGAGGAAAGAAGGACAAAAGAAUCACCAUGCAAUCGUGCGCGAGGUGUGGCUUUGUGGUAUAUCCAGCAGAAAAGAUCAACUGCAUUGACCAGAACUGGCACAAAGCAUGUUUCCACUGCGACGUCUGCAAGAUGGUGCUGACGGCCAACAACUUUGUCAGCCACAAGAAGAGGCCCUACUGCUCAGUACAUAACCCGAGGAACAACACAUUCACCAGCGUGUACGAGACGCCCAUCAACAUCAACGCCAAGAAACAGAGCAAGUCCAGCAGUGAGCUGAAGUAUCUCGAGGAAGGCGAUCGUUUUAUGUCCACCUUCCACUAUGAUAUGAAGUCAUCGGAGCUGGAGAGGGCACGUCUAGCCAAUCAGAUGGCAAGUCAGGCCUUCAAGUCGCAAUCGGAAUUCUCCCAAGAGCAGACGUGGUACGGCAUGGUCACCAGCCAGGAGAUGGUGACCAUGUCGCAGGCACAGAUGAACGUCAGUGACGUAAAGUACACGGAAGAAUACGAGCAAUCCAAAGGCAAAGGCAGCUUCCCGGCCCUGAUCACACCGGGAUACCAGGUUGCCAAAAACGCCAACACUUUGGCGAGCGACCUUGAAUACAAAAAAGGGCACGAGGAGAGAGUUUCCAAGUACACGGCCUUCGCAGACCCCCCGGAGGUGCUCCUGGCCAAGAAACAAGGACAGAUUGUCAGCGAUUAUGCCUACACGGAGGAGUACGAGCAGCGCAAAGGCAAAGGCAGCUUCCCCGCACAUCUCACCCCAGGAUAUAAGAUAUCCAAAAAGGCAUCGGAACAGGCCAGCAACGUGAGGUAUCGGCACGUGUACGAGCAGGAGAUCAAGGGCAAAGCCAGCGCUGAAGUCGCCGCCGCUGAAAUGGUCCGCGCCAGAGAGAAUGCUGACAACUUCAGCCAGAUGGUCUACACCGAAGAGUACGAGCAGCAACGGGGCAAAGGAAGUUUCCCCGCCAUGAUAACGCCCGGUUAUCACUUUGCUAAGAAGGCUCAGGAAAACGCGAGCGACCUAAAAUACAGAAAAGACUUGAAUAAGAUGAAGGGCUCGUCCCAUUUCCACAACUUGACCUCCGAGGACAACCUGGCGCUUAUGAACGCCCGCAAGAUCAACAAGCUUGUCAGCGAGGUAGAGUAUAAGAAAGACUUGGAGAACAGCAAAGGACACAGCAUCAACUUCUGCGAGACACCCCAGUUUCAAAAUGCCACCAAAGUGGCUAAGUUUACCAGUGAUAACAAAUACAAAGAGAAGUACACCACAGACAUGAAGGGCCACUACGAAGGCUCGGGAAUCGACAAGAGGACCAUGCAUGCCAUGAAAGCCCGUACGCUGGCUAGUGACAUUGCAUACAAACAAUGUCACGAUCAAGAUCAAGGCGAGUACAACUACCAAGCCACGCUGACACCAGGCUACCGCUGCCAGAGGAAACUGGACCCACUGAAAGAUAAGAACUAUAGGCAGCACAUUGACCAAGUCAAGUACAACCUAGUAGCGGACACGCCGGAGAUCCUCCUGGCCAGGAAAAACGCUCAUCUUAUCAGCAACCUGAACUACAAAGCCGACUACGAGAAGACUAAGCAUCUGUACACGCUCAACGAAGACCUGCCCCAAAUCAAAAAGGCCAAAGACAACGCAGCCCUGUGCAGCGAUAUUAAAUACAAGGAAGCUUGGGAGAAGACCAAGUCUAAAGCCUGCGACAUUGGCGUAGAUGACCUCAGCGUCAAGGCGGCUAAGGCUUCCCGAGACCUCGCCAGCGAUCUUAAAUACAAGGAAAACUACCUGAAGAACAAGGAAGUAGCCGUGGGCGUCAAUGUGAGCGACUCCAAGACUCUGCAUUCGCUUCAGGUGGCCAAGAUGCGCAGCGACAUUGCGUACAAGAAGGGCUCCAAGGAGAACCAGUCCCGCUACAGCCUAGGAAUGGACAUGGUCAACCUGAGUCAUGCCAAAAAGGCCCAAGCUCUAGCCAGCGAUCUGGAAUAUCGAACCAGGCUGCACGACUACACCGUCAUGGCGGAUGACAUCAAGGUCCAGCAGGCCAAGAAGGCAUAUUCCCUGCAGAGCGAGAACCAAUAUCGGUCAGAUCUCAACUGGAUGAAGGGGGUAGGCUGGGAAACCGAAGGCUGUCUCGACCUCACUCAGGCCAAGAAAGCAGGAGAUCUGCUCAGUGAUAAUAAAUAUCGGCAGAAGGUGGAUCGCAUCAAGUUCACCCAAGUAGCAGACAACCUUUCCAUCCGACACGCUAAGAAGAGUCAAGAACUGCAAAGUGAUCUGGCGUACAAAGCAAACACGGAGCAGAUGAUCCACCAAUACACCAUGACCAAGGAUGAGCCACUUUUUAGACAAGCAAAGGCUAAUGCUGAGCUUCUCAGUGGGAAAGUCUACAAGAGUCAAUGGGAAAAACAACGGGAAAAGGGCUUUGAGCUUCGACUGGACUCGCUUUCGAUUCUCACGGCCAGAGCUAAGAGGGACUUGGCUAGUGAUGUCAAAUACAAAGAGCAAUAUGAGAAAAACAAAGGAAAGGUCAUUGGAAUCAAAUCGGUCAGCGACGACUCUCAGAUGGCUCACUCGGCUUUGGCCACAAAACUACAGAGUGGCCGCGACUACAAGAAGAAAUAUGAGGACACCAAGACCCAAUUCAAUGUUUCUCUGGACAUGCUGAACAUCAGUCAGGCCAAGAGGGCCCAAGACUUGGCGGCAGACUACAACUACAGAACAUACCUGCAUGACUACACCACGCUGCCAACUGACAUGAAAGUUGCCUGGGCAAAGAAGGCCUACGGACUGCAGAGCGACAAACUCUACCGAUCUGAUUUGAACUGGAUGAAGGGUGUCGGCUGGGAGGCCUCAAAAUCUCUGGAUGUCCGGCAGGCCAAAAAAGCAGGAGAGCUCCUUAGCGAGAAAAAGUACCGGCAGGAUGUGAGCGCCCUGAAGUUCACCAGCGUUGAAGACACUCCAGAAAUGGUGCAGGCCAAACUCAGCAACAAACUGGCAAUCGAUAGGUUGUACAGGGAGAAAGGAGAAAAUAUGAAGCACAACUACACCCUCAACGAGGAGUUACCAGAGUUUGUGCAGGCCAAGAUCAACGCCACGAACCUGAGUGAGAGUCGUUACAAGGAAUCUUGGAUGAAACUACGUGAUGGCGGAUAUAAAUUGCGUCUGGACGCUAUUCCGUUCCAGUCAGCCAAAGCGUCUGCAGAUAUUCUCAGUGAUCAAAAGUACAAAGAGGAGUUCGAGAAGACCAAAGGGAAGAUGAUUGGACUGAAAGGACUACAGGACGACAUGAAUAUAGCUCACUCUGUUUACGCUAACAAGCUACAAAGCGAUAUUUCGUACAAGAAAGAGUCGGCCGGCGAACUCUCCAAGCAUCACCUUCCCAUGGACAUGAUGGAGAUUGCCCAUGCCAAGAAGGCCCAGUCUCUGGUCAGCGAUCAGGACUACCGGCUCUUCCUGCAUCAGUACACGUCCCUGCCGGACGACAUGAAGCUGCAAGCAGCCAAGAAAGCGUACGCUCUGCAGAGCGAGAGGAUAUAUCGCUCGGACCUCAAUUACCUGCGGGGUGCCGCAUGGAUCGCUACCGGGGCUCUACAAAUUGAAGGCUCGAGGAAAGCAACCGACCUUAUCAGUGACAAAAAGUAUCGCCAGCAGCCGUACAACUUCAAGCACACAUCUGUUGCAGACUCCCCUGACAUGAUCCACGCCAAAUUCAGUGGACUGAUCACAAAUGAGCGUCUGUACAAAGAAAAAGGGGUGAGCGACCAGCACAGCUACACCAUUACAGCCGAGAGACCCGAGAUCACUCAAGCCAAGAUCAACGCGGCUAACUUUAGCGAGAUUCGAUACAGGGACUCCUGGCACAAUCUGAGGGCUCAGGGCUACAAGCUGACCAUGCAAGACAUCCCGUUCCAGGCAGCCAAGAGCUCCACGGGCAUCGCCAGUGAUUACAAGUACAGAUACAACCACCUGAUGGAAAAAGGAAAGCACAUCGGUGCCCAAAGCGUUUGGGACGACACGUACCUGCUGCACUACACGCAGGCAAAUCGGCUAGCCAGCGAUCAGGAGUACCGCAAGGAUGCACUGACAGCCAGCGGGCGCUACCACCUGACUCCUGAUAUGAUCCACCUCGUCACGGCCAAGAAUGCCCAAGCUCUCGCCAGCGAGCAGGACUACAGGAAGAGGCUUCACGAGUACACCGUGCUUCCUGAUGACAUGAAGGUCAAGUGGGCCAAGAAAGCCUACGAUCUGCAGAGCGAGACGCUGUACAAGUCGGACCUGAACUUCAUGAAGGGCGUGGCCUGGGAUGGCGUAGGGGCGCCGCAGCUGGAGUCGGCCAAGAAGGCCGGAGCACUCCUCAGUGAUAAGCGAUACCGCCAACUGCCAGACAGCCUGAAGUUCACCUCGGUGACCGACUCCCCCGAUAUGCUCCACGCCAAGGCCAGCUAUCAACAAUGCAGCGAGAGGUUGUACAAAUCGGGCAGGAACGACGACAUGAACAAGUACACCUUACAUCCGGACGAUCCCGACUUUGUCCGAGCUAAGAUGAACGCCCAGCACAUUAGCGAUAAAGUCUACAAGGCCUCCGGGGAGCUGGUGAAGACAUUUGGCUACGAUUUGAGAUUGGACGCCAUCCCCUUCCAAACGGCAAAAGCUUCUAGGGAAAUUGCUAGUGACGUGCGCUACAAGGAUUCUCACCUACGCGAGAAGGGCCAGCAGGUGGGACUGCGCUGCGUGGAGGACGACCCCAAAAUGGUGCAUUCGCUGGCGGCCAGCAAGCUCCAGAGCAACCUGGAGUACAAGCGGCAGUCCAAGGAGCAGCGCUCCAAUUACAAGAUCCACGCCGACCAGCCCGACUUCCUGCUGGCCAAGAAGAGUCAGGCACAGGCCAGCGACCUGACCUACCGAAGCAAGCUCCACGACUACACUUGCGACUCUCAACAGCUCAACGUCAUGCACGCCAAGCGGGCCUAUGAGCUGCAGAGUGACGUCAACUACAAGUCGGACCUGAACCGAAUGAAGGGAUCGGGCUGGACCCCGCCCGGCUCCCACAAGGUCGAGCUGGCCCGCCGAGCCGCCGAGCUGGGCUUCGCCGAUGGGGUGAGCACGGACGAGGCCAUCGCCAAGUACCAGCGCAUGAUCAUGCUUCACUACCAGCAGAGGAUGGAGGAGCAACAACAACAACAACAACAGUGGCAACAGAAUUCAUCCGAACUCGCCGAGAGCAGCGAGGAAAUCCAACGAGGCGUCAACAUGGAUGCCACCGAGGUGCUUCACGUCAACCGGACCAAGUCUAUCCAGACCGUGCAAAAGAAGACCACCACGACCACUACCACAAGCAGCAGCAGCGCCACCUUCAAAUCAAUGGAAAAGAAAUCAAGCAGCACUUCGUCGACCGCCCGACACGGCACAAAAAUCGUAAAAAACGCUUAGAACUUUGACCAAACUGACGCCAGAAGGAUGAAUACCUCUUACAGUGCCAUUGACAAUGAUAGAUGUCCGAUUAUGUGGCUCUUAACUAAAUUAAAAAUCUUUAAAUGAGAUUAUCAAUAGUAGACGUCCAAUCCACUUGAUGUGCGAGGUUUCGCAGCGAAUGGACAUCAAGCACUGUCAAUGGCAGCCAAUGAGUUUUUGACAUUUACCUCACCACAAUAACGUGAUGUUAUCACUUAUAACCCUCAAAAUGAGGAAAAACAAACAAUUUUCUGUUUUAACGGCGUUGAAAGAAUACAUAAGUACAUCAAAAUAAGAAUAAAGAAAAAAAUAAUGAAAAAUUUGAAAAAUACAACAAAAAAUUGGAAAAUCUGAAAUUUGAAAAAAUAAAAUAGAAAAUGAAGAAAACUUAAAGGAAUUUAUAUAUAUUAUAUUAUUACGGCUGUCAAACGAUUAAAAUUUUUAAUCAAGUUAAUUAGAGCUUAAAAAUUAAUCGUAAUUAAUCGCAAUUCAAACCAUCUAUAAAAUAUGCCAUAUUUUUCUGUAAAUUAUUGUUGGAAUCGAAAGACACAAGAUGGAUAUAUACAUAUGGUACAUAAGUACUGUAUUUGCUUAUUAUAAACAAUAAAUCAACAAGAAGGCAUUAACAUUAUUAACAUUCUGUUAAAGUGAUCCAUGGACAGAAAGACUUGUAGUUCUUAAAAGAUAAAUGUUAGUACAAGUUAUAGCAAUUUUAUAUUAAAACCCCUCUUCAUGUUUUUGUUUUAAUAACAUUUGUAAAAUUUUCAAGCAAAAAAUAAACUAGUAGCCCGCCAUUGUUGAUGUCAAUAAUUACACAAUGCUCAUGGGUGCUUAAGCCCAUAAAAUCAGUCGCACCCAAGCGCCAGCAGAGGGCAACAAAACUCCAGAAAACACCAGUAACAAGUGGACAUUGUGACACUGUGCUGUCAUUUUAAUCUGUUUGAGCGGGUCAUGUGCAUUAAUUGCGUCAAAUAUUUUAACGUGAUCAAUUUUAAAAAUUACCGCCCGUUAACGCGAUAAUUUUGACAGCCCUAAUUAUUACAUAUUAUUUAUACAUUGCUUCAUUUUUAUUUUAUGAAUUUUUAAAAAUAGUUUCCGUUGAAAAGAAUUUUCAUUUGCUUCCAAAUUUUUUUUGUGACGAUUCUUUAAUUCUUAGCAGUACUUUUUUCCCAUUUUCUAUAUUUAGUAUUUUCGUAUGAAUACUAUUUUGCUGGACUUAUGUAUUCCUACAAUGUUUUAUCGUUGUCAAGGUCAGCCAUGCCAAAUUGAAAUGGAUUCCGUCACUGUGAAUGGUACUGAAAGAGCUUUAAUGAAGGAUGUCAGCAUGUCGAAAUCUAGAUGGGAUAUGUUAUGUAUUGACAAAAAAGUUGUGGACACAGUGCUGUUUUUAGCAACGGGGAAAAAAAUCAACUUAAAAAUGAACCCAUUAUAGGGCAAGUGACUAUUUUUGGUACUUAAAAAAAAAAAAGUUGGCCAACUUUUUAAUUAUGAAUGACAAUUUUUUCACUAUUACCUUACAAGAAAAUGUUUUUUCAUUAUUAAAAUGAAAACGAAACGUUUUUUUCUUUAAAACGAAAUUUAAAUGAACAAAACAUUAAUAAACUCUGGUUACGGCCCCCAAUAACAUUCUCAAGUUGAUGAAUAAUAAAUAAAAUAGCAUUAAUACUAAAUAUUGAUGGCUCAAAUGCCAAAAAAUAUUCCCCGCUUGCUAAAAGCACUACCGUCUAGCAGAGGUGGGUAGAGUAGCGUUACUUCUAAAUCAUAUUACUCAAGUAGUCAUCCAAAAAAAAUGUAAACAAGUAAAAAAGUAUCCGGUGAAAAGAAUACUCAAGUACUUCAGUAAUUUUGUGAAUAUUUUUUUAAACAAUGUUUUUUUUUAUACUGUAUUGGUAUGGUAAUGGUAUUAUUAUACUGUACUAUAACCUAUUACAUGAACAUAUUAGGCCAAAAACAAACAAAAUUCAUCGAAUUCAAACACGAAAAAUAAAACUUUACCCAUCCAAAGAGCACGCAUAUUGUCUAUCGGUGUCGAAUAAAUCCCUGCCUAAUAAAAACUGGGAUAAAAUUUCAAACAAAUCAACGCCAGGUGAUUGAGCACGCUGGCGUGAUCAUAGGACUUCCAAUUGCAAGCUUGUGUGCUACAUCUGAUUGGCCACAAAACAAAUCUAAUAUAUAGAAUAAAGAGGAAAAAUGUAACGACUAUAGUGUAGCGCAAAGUAGCAGAGUAAGAGUAGCGUUUCAUCUUCACAAAUCUACUCAAGUAAAAAGUAUGACGUGGUAAAACUACUCUUAAAAGUAGAUUUUUCUCAAAAAACCUACUCAAGUAAAUGUAACGGAUAAACGGAGUAAAUGUAACGUGUCACUACCCACUUCUGCUGUCGAGUAAAGAAAAUGAAAGCAAAAGAAUAGUCAGAUUGAACGGAACAGAUGCGUGAAAGCUAAGGGGUCAAAGUCAAUCGCUGCCAUUGACGGCAGCAAACGUCCAAUCCUUUUGAACUGGGAGUUGACACAAAUUGGACGUCAGCGAAGCGAUGUGGCAGGUAUUUAUUUGUGUAAGUGGACAUGUUUGGUCAUGAUAGCAAGGCAUCAAUUGUUGAAGUCUGACAGGAUCAGCUUUAAUGAUGCCAAAACUCAAAGCUGGGCUCGGAGGGAUGUUGCUGCUCACAAAAUAAAAGUUGU